UUUUUUUUUUUUUUUUUCCUCUUUCUGGACUAUGAUUUUGUUUUUAUUUGAUUUUAUUGGGAAAAAAAUUGAAAAGUAUCAUCAAUAACUGAUAACUCUCACAGCUGCUGCCUAUUGUUGAAACAAAAAAUUUUAAUAAAAAAAAAAAAAGGAAAAAACAACUGUGUCAACUGUUUGUUCAUGGGGAUGCCUGGAUUGAACAAUCACAAUAAUGGGCAACAAAGAUUAGGCAUAACUGAGCCCAUUUCAUUGGCUGGUCCAACUGAGGAUGAUGUGAUCAAGACUCGUGAACUUGAGAAGUAUUUGCAAGGUGUUGGAUUGUAUGAGAGUCAGCAGGAGGCUGUGGGUAGGGAGGAAGUGCUUGGCAGGCUGGAUCAGAUUGUGAAGAUUUGGGUUAAGAACAUUAGCCGUGCAAAGGGGUUCAAUGAACAACUGGUGCAAGAGGCAAAUGCCAAGAUUUUCACCUUUGGUUCUUAUCGACUAGGGGUGCAUGGCCCUGGAGCUGAUAUAGAUACCCUCUGUGUGGGACCUAGACAUGCAACCAGAGAUGACGAUUUCUUUGGUGAGCUACAGAAGAUGCUAUCUGAGAUGCAGGAAGUAACAGAAUUGCACCCUGUGCCUGAUGCUCAUGUCCCUGUGAUGAAAUUCAAGUUUAAUGGAGUUUCUGUUGAUCUCCUGUAUGCAAGAUUAGCUUUGUGGGUUAUUCCUGAAGACUUGGAUAUAUCACAGGAAUCUAUAUUACAAAAUGUUGAUGAACAAACUGUUCUUAGUCUUAAUGGUUGUAGAGUAACUGAUCAGGUCCUGCGAUUGGUUCCAAAUAUUCAGACCUUUCGCACAACAUUGAGAUGCAUGAGGUUUUGGGCAAAGCGCCGUGGUGUUUAUUCAAAUGUUGCUGGUUUUCUUGGUGGUAUAAACCUGGCAUUGCUUGUUGCUCGAAUAUGCCAGUUAUAUCCUAAUGCACUACCUAAUAUGUUAGUGUCUCGAUUCUUUAGGGUAUAUACUCAAUGGCGAUGGCCAAAUCCGGUCAUGCUUUGUGCUAUUGAAGAAGGAUCUCUUGGACUACCAAUUUGGGAUCCCAGAAGAAAUCCCAAAGAUAGAUAUCAUCUAAUGCCUAUAAUUACUCCUGCUUAUCCUUGCAUGAACUCUACUUACAAUGUGACAGCAAGUACAUUGCGUGUUAUGUCAGAUGAGUUUCAGAGGGGAAGUGACAUAUGUGAGGCCAUGGAAGCUAGCAAGGCUGAUUGGGAUACUCUUUUUGAGCCUUAUCCCUUUUUUGAAUCUUACAAGAACUAUCUACAGAUAGACAUAACAGCGGAGAAUGCAGAUGACCUUAGACAAUGGAAAGGCUGGGUUGAGUCUCGACUCCGUCAGUUGACAUUGAAGAUCGAGAGGCACACUUUUGGUAUGCUUCAAUGUCAUCCACAUCCUGGUGAGUUCUCGGACAAAUCUAGACCUUUUCACCACUGUUACUUUAUGGGUCUGCAGCGUAAGCAAGGAGUUCCAGUGAAUGAUGGUGAGCAGUUUGAUAUAAGGCUAACUGUCGAAGAGUUUAAGCAUUCUGUCAAUGCUUACACUCUAUGGAAACCUGGAAUGGAUAUCUAUGUGUCCCAUGUGAAACGCCGCAACAUACCUAACUACAUAUUCCCUGGCGGUGUGCGGCCUUCCUGUCCGUCAAAAGUAGCUAACGAGAAUAAACAAAGUUCCAAAUUUAGGAGCUCCGGCCAUGGUCAAGCCGAAAAACCUCAAGGAGGUAAAGCAGUUGCAGUCGAAGCAGAUGAUGCAAGGAAGAGAAAGAGAUCAGAGGACAUGGAUAAUAACUCAAAGAAUUCCAAGCCCUCUAUAUCUCUACCUCUGCCCAGCAGGGAAGUUCAUGAAGAUAGAACUCCUAUUAGUGCUUCAAGUUCUUGUUCUAUGAAAUUUGAUGAAGCCGAAGUCAAUAGUAUGGUUGGACAGAAGAGCGAGAAAAUUUGUCUGAAAUCUCCAGGGGAGAUUCCUUCUGGCGAUAUUGGGACCAAUGGAUCAGUGACAAACAAUCAACAAGGGAACCCCGUACUUGCAGCUACUAGUAACUCUAAGGAAGAAGAAAAGUUAGCCAUUGAAAAGAUUAUGUCUGGCCCUUAUGAAGCACAUCAAGCCUUUCUGGAAGAACCUGAAGAGCUUGAAGAUGAUACUGAGUAUAGAAACCUAGUCAAAGAUUCUGGAGAGAGCAUGAAAAACAACCUGGAAUCUUCAAACUCAAAGCCUGCAGUGGCAGAAGUCCCAGUUAUGUCUAAGGAAACUACUUGUUCAGCUUAUCUACACCCGAAUGAGGGCUUGGAGGAGCUUGAGCCUGCUGAGCUGACAGCACCAUUGUUAAGUGUGACUCCAGCACCAGUCCCGCUAAAGAAGCCUCUUAUCAGGUUGAACUUCACCUCCCUAGGAAAAGCUGCUGACAAAAGUUCUUAGACACUUCAAAACUUGAGUCGCAGCUAGCUGAUAACAAGGUUGUAAAAUGGACAUUUCUAGUACCUUGUUUAUUUAUGUAAUAAUUAUGAUGCAGAAAUAAACCUGAGCUAAAAAAGCCAUCAAUUUUCAUUGAUAUGUACAUGAGAAUAUGUUUCACCGGCAAAAUAAAACCAGAUUUUGAUGAGUUAUGUGUAGUCUGUUAACAUAAAGUUAAGGGAAAUGUUUCUUGCAUAUUAGCAGCUAAACUAUUAGCAUUUACUGAA